UUCAGCCAAAGAAACAUAUCCGAUGUUCCUGUUUAAUGUUUUUCGUUUUCUUUAAUUGAAAUAAUUUAUUUUUAUUACUCAUUAUGGUUUUCUUUUUUAAAUCUUAUUUUAACAGUUAUCUUUGAUUCAUGAUGGCAAAUUCAAUUGAUUUUGAGUGGCCUUGGCAGUAUCAGUUCCCACCGUUUUUCACAAUUCAACCGAAUUCUGACACUCGGGCCAAGCAGUUGGAAGCCUGGAAAACUUUAAUCUUGGAUUUCCACAAAUUUAACAAGAUAUAUUUGUUGGAUGUAACAGAAGCUCAAGCUUCGCCGUUGUUUAAUAACAAAACAAUUAAUCGUAAAUUAAAUUUGGAAGCUAUUUAUGUGGUUCUUGAUGAGUUGCAGAAGCAAGGAAAUGUAGAAUGGCUUGAUAAACAAAAACAGAGAUGUUACGUCUUUUGGAGAACACCUGAAGAAUGGAGUAAAAUGAUUUAUAAAUGGGCCGAAAAUAAUGGUUUAAUAAACACUGUGUGUACUUUGUAUGAGAUUUCAAAUGGAGUUGAUUCUGUGAACGAAGAAUUCUAUGGUUUGGAUCAAGGUGUCCUUAAAAAGGCUCUUUCUGCAUUGGAAAAAGAAGGGCGGGCCGAAUUAAUACUAGAUGAAGACAUUGAAGGUGUAAAGUUUUUCUAAAUCAUAAUGCUAAAAAUAUUGAAAGAUUGGAAAGUGUGAUCGUGUUGUAUUUUCUUGAAGUACAUGGUGUCAUGAUUUUAUUUCUUCAAGACAAGAAAUAAAUUUGAUUUUAUUCCUGUGUAUUACUAAAUUUUAUGCAUUCAAAUACCGUCAUAUUUAUUCAUGUUAUUGAAUUUGUUGAUUACUUAUUUAUUUUAUGAGAAAAAUUAUAUAUGGAUUAUUUAGAGUACAUUAAUUUACUGAAUUUAUGUGAAUAAACAUAGUAUACAACUCAUAUAAAUAGUAGAAUUUUAAGUAAUUGAAAUGUGCGUAGAUAAUUUUG